AUGAAGGUGAGCUCUAAGAAGCUAAGCAAGAUCGUCGGCAAGUGGAAAAGACGGGGUAGUUUUGUCGUCUACUCCAAGGAUAACAAGAGGUUUGUCGUGCCGUUGCGCUAUCUAAAUCACCCUAUUUUCAGAGUGCUGCUGGAGAUGGCAGAAGAGGAGUAUGGAUUGACAGCUGACGGGCCGUUACAAGUUCCUUUGGAGAAAGAGUUAGUAGACUACAUUCUUUGUUUGCUGAGGAAACAUCCUACUGAGGAAGUAGAGAAGGCAGUCCUGUCCCUUGCAUCAUGCCGAGGGGCUACUCUGCAGGCACCGAAUCAAGAACGAAUGGGAACUCCAGUUGUAUCUUGUGGUUGA